AUGGUUGCCAUCUUGGACUCAUACGAAGAGUGUGCUGCCGCUCCCGUCAGCGAUGGCCCGCCGGGGAUCAACACCGUCUAUUCAGACGGUAUUUCGCCCACAGCAGGGCUACCCGUUGUUCCCGGAGACAUAACCGCAGAAUGGCUCUCCCAAGUUCUCAAACGCAAAGUAUCUUCGGUCGCACUCGGUAGGACCAUCCCUGGUACAGCCACAAAAGUGUUCAUCGCGGUGACCUUCGAAGACGAGAAGGAUCCCAAAGGAUUGCCCGUACGCCUGUGCGUCAAGGGCGGCUUCGACCCCGAUUUCAUCAAGAUGAUGCCGUGGAUCGUUAUGAUCUACCAGCGUGAAUGCGACUUUUACAAUCAAGUUGCACCAAAAUUAGACAACAUGAAGCUGCCGGCAUUCUGGUGGGCAGGGCACAGUUCUACUCAGGGUAUUGUGAUCCUCGACGAUCUAGCCGCACAAGGCUGCGACUUUGGCAAUCCAGCAGAGUCGUGGCCUGUAUCUCGCGUCCUCGCUGGUGUGGAACAGCUUGCUGCAUUACACGCGAAGACAUGGCACACACAGGCAUCGGAUUACCCGUGGUUGACUUCGGACUACGACCAGGCCAUCCUCACCCUGAUGAACACAUACGACGCAGUGGUGAAGGGUCCCAAUAGACCAAAAAUACACGACUAUCUCAAGGACCAGGAGCGUAUCACCAAGGUGUUGGAGAAGCACUAUGCUUUGCGUAACCCGAGAUUCCGAUGCCUUCUGCACGGUGACUCGCAUACAGGCAACACAUACCUUGUGACCGACGUACCGCGCUUCCUUGACUGGCAAAUGAUCCACAUCGGCAGCGCUUUCCACGAUCUGUCCUACUUUAUCGGUGCAGCCUUAUCAGCCGAAGACAGGAGAGCGAAGGAGUGGAAUGUUGUCGAGCAUUACCUACGUGUGUUAGAGAAAUUAGGAGUCGAGCCGCUGUCAGUGUCGGACAAGGAAGUAAGGAACGAGUAUAAGAUGUCGUUUUUGGCCGGUAUCGGCUGGAUAAUGUGUCCAUACGAGAUGCAGAUCAGAGAAUGCGUGCAUCCCAUGGCGAUGAGGUAUGCCGCUGCGAUAGACGAUCACAAGGUGUUGGAGUUGGUGGAGCGCUUGCCAGAGCCGCAAUAG